UGGAAACAUGGCGGCGUCUGUUGGUGGACAUCCGAGCUCGGCUGGUCCGAGUCCGGAAAGUCCACCGAUCCAGUACAGUCUGGUUCUGGAGCAUCUUAUCGGUGAUAAGAGAUCCGCGAAGGAUCCAAAUCCUGCCGUGAUGGGACUUCCAGUGCCCCCUAAAAGUGAAGAACAGAAGAUGAUCGAGCGGGGAAUGGAGAGCUGUGCCUUUAAGUCUACUCUGGCCUGUGUCGGAGGGUUUGUUCUCGGAGGAGCUUUUGGCGUAUUCACAGCUGGCAUCGAUAGCAACGUUGGCUUUGACCCCAAAGACCCCCUGAGAACACCGACAGCACGAGAAGUCCUCAGAGACAUGGGUCAGAGGGGGAUGUCCUACGCCAAGAACUUUGCCAUUGUGGGUGCCAUGUUCUCCUGCACAGAGUGCAUCAUUGAGUCGCACAGAGGAAAGUCAGACUGGAAGAAUGCAGUGUACAGCGGCUGCGUUACAGGAGGAGCCAUCGGAUUUCGUGCCGGCCUGAAGGCUGGGAUUCUGGGAUGUGGAGGAUUUGCAGCAUUUUUCUGCCGCCAUGAGUAUUAUUUACGGUGAUGCAAAGGAGCGUUUCCACGCUUAACAAACUGAACAUCUGGACCAGCCAUUGAGUGCACACGUAGAGGACAAUCCAGGUGCAGGAUUAAUGCAGAGUGGCUGGAAUUGGUGGAAAUACCUGUUUCUUAUUUGUGAAGAAGCUGAAGAAAUGAAUGGCUGAAACUGAGCUGUUUUUUGUGGCAAAAUAUUAAAGAUGGAUCACCUCGUCACUCACAUCAUCACCACUCAGACUCCAGAUUGUUCCAGUUUUAGAACACGGGACUGUUAAUCCACAUGAGGAUUAUUUAUAUCAUAUAUUUUGUUUGUUUUUAAAAAAAUCUGA